GCAGGGGGAGGCGGGGAGAAGGGGAAGGGGGCGGAGCCUUGCUCCGGCCCCGCCCCCACCCGCGGCGGCGCAGGGCGGCCGCGGGGGUGUCGGCAACAGCUGCAGCCGCCUGCGCCGCCCCCUCGGCCGCGGCUCCCGGGGUGAGCCGGAGCUCGGCGGGCGGCUCGCGGCGCGGCGGCCCCAGAAGACAGGAAAGUUCCCUGCCGGAGCGCCGAGAUGCCGGGCAGCGACACGGCGCUCACCGUGGACCGGACCUACUCGGACCCGGGCCGGCAACACCGCUGCAGGAGCCGGGUAGAACGCCAUGACAUGAAUACCUUAAGCCUGCCCCUGAGCAUACGCCGUGGGGGGUCAGACACCAACCUCAACUUUGAUGUACCAGAUGGCAUCUUGGACUUCCACAAGGUCAAACUCACCGCAGACAGCCUGAAACAAAAAAUUCUAAAGGUAACAGAGCAGAUAAAAAUUGAGCAAACAUCCCGCGAUGGGAAUGUCGCCGAGUAUCUAAAACUAGUUAACAGUGCAGACAAGCAGCAGGCUGGACGCAUCAAGCAAGUCUUUGAGAAGAAGAAUCAGAAGUCGGCUCACUCCAUCGCCCAGCUGCAGAAGAAGCUCGAGCAGUACCACAGAAAGCUCCGAGAGCUUGAGCAGAAUGGAGCCCCCAGGAGCUCCAAGGACAUUUCCAAAGACCGCCUGAAGGACAUACACCACUCUCUGAAAGAUGCCCACGUGAAGUCUCGGACUGCGCCCCACAGCAUGGAGGGCAGUAAGUCGGGCAUGCCCGGCGUGUCCCUUACUCCCCCCGUGUUUGUGUUCAACAAGUCCAGAGAGUUUGCCAACUUGAUCCGGAAUAAGUUUGGCAGUGCUGACAACAUCGCUCACUUAAAAAGUUCCUUAGAGGAGUUCAGGCCUGAGGCGAGUGCCCGGGGAUAUGGGGGCAGCGCUACCAUCGUGGACAAACCCAAGUAUGGCAGUGACGACGAGUGUUCCAGUGGCACGUCAGGCUCAGCUGACAGUGAUGGGAACCAGUCCUUCGGAGCUGGGGCAGCCAGCACGCUGGACAGCCAGGGGAAGCUCGCCGUGAUCCUGGAAGAGCUGAGGGAGAUCAAAGACACCCAGGCACAGCUGGCCGAGGACAUCGAGGCGCUGAAGGUGCAGUUUAAGAGGGAGUAUGGUUUUAUUUCUCAGACGCUGCAGGAGGAGAGAUACAGGUACGAGCGACUGGAGGACCAGCUGCAUGACCUGACGGACCUGCACCAGCACGAGACAGCCAACCUGAAGCAGGAGCUGGCCAGCAUCGAGGAGAAGGUGGCCUACCAGGCCCACGAGCGGGCACGCGACAUCCAGGAAGCCUUGGAAUCGUGCCAGACCCGCAUUUCUAAGCUGGAACUCCACCAGCAGGAGCAGCAGGCCCUGCAGACAGACACGGUGAACGCCAAAGUGCUCCUGGGGAAGUGCAUAAACGUGGUCCUGGCCAUCAUGACCGUCAUCUUAGUGUGCGUGUCAACCAUCGCGAAGUUCGUCUCGCCCAUGAUGAAGAGCCGCUUCCACAUCCUGGGCACCUUCUUCGCCGUGACUCUGCUUGCGAUAUUUUGUAAAAACUGGGACCAUAUUCUGUGUGCCAUAGAAAGGAUAAUAAUACCGAGAUGAAGCCACUGGUUCCUACCUUCAAGUUCUUAACAGUUUUUAUUUAAAAAAAACAAACAAA